AUGGAAAGAGGAGAAUUUUGUUGGCGUUCAUGCGUGUCCAAGAAAAACCAACAGAGACAAGUCAAAGCAUUAACCAAUCGAGAGGAAGCAAAGUCGAGACUUCCGUGUGGCUGUUGCGGAAGGAUUAUCCAACAUUUCUCUGAGACUUGCUUGAAGCCAUUGCAAACUCCCCCGGCCAGAAUCGAUUUCAAAUUGUCCUUUUCAUUAGUCGAAAAUAAAAAAAUGUAUUCUCUUUCUCUCUCUCUCUUCAUGUCUGCCACUCCUUUAUAUAAUUCCUCCUCUAUCUUCAGAAAUCCCAAGCCCAAAGCACCAUUCAUUCACAGCAGCAUAUUGAAGCAAUCAACAAGAAAAGCCCCCAAAAUGGGGAAAUGUAAGUCAUCAUUUCUGGUGUCCCUUCUACUGAUUCACGUCCUAGGUUUGUCACUGCUUCCUCGGCCCACACUAUCAAACGAGCUGAAUGAGUUCUCUCGUCAGCCUCCUCGCCCUGUCAUCUUCACUGCUCACGACCGCUCCGAAUCUCACCCUCAACAGGUGCACAUUUCGCUGGUGGGGCGAAACCACGUGGGGGUUACGUGGAUUACAGAGGACAAGCACGCACCGUCGACGGUGGAGUACGGCAGAGUGUCCGGGGAAUACAGCGAGAAGGCAAGGGGGCAUCACACUUCGUACCAAUAUUUUCUGUACAGUUCCGGUAAGAUCCACCACGUCAAAAUCGGACCUCUUGAGCCCAGCACCACUUACUUCUAUCGCUGCGGAGGGUCUGGCCCUGAAUUUUCCCUCAAGACUCCUCCGGCUGACUUCCCUAUCGAAUUUGUAGUCCUUGGUGACUUGGGUCAAACAGAAUGGACAGCAUCGACUUUAAAACACGCAGAUAGCAGAGACUACGACGUAUUUCUGUUACCGGGAGAUCUGUCGUAUGCGGAUACCCAUCAACCACUGUGGGACUCUUUUGGUCGUUUUGUGGAGCCCUAUGCCAGUCGACGGCCAUGGAUGGUGACGGAGGGCAACCACGAGAUCGAGUCCUUUCCCACCACUUACCCUGAUAGCUUCACGGCCUUCAAUGCUCGUUGGCCCAUGCCUUUCAAGGAAAGUGGCUCCACCUCUAAUCUGUACUACGCUUUUGAGACUGCCGGUGCUCACAUUCUCAUGCUGGGUUCUUACACCGACUUCCAUGUUGAAUCUGACCAGAACAAGUGGCUUCAAGCUGACUUAGCCCUUGUUGAUCGGAUCAAGACCCCUUGGCUCAUCGCUCUCCUUCACGCACCCUGGUAUAACACUAAUACGGCUCAUCAAGGUGAAGGCGAGAGCAUGAGACAGGCCAUGGAAGACCUUCUUUAUAACGCCCGAGUUGACUUGGUUUUUGCCGGCCAUGUUCAUGCGUACGAACGCUUUACUCGAAUUUAUAACAAGAAGGCUAAUCCGUGCGGUCCCAUGUAUGUGACGAUUGGGGACGGAGGAAACCGGGAGGGACUUGCGUUAACGUUCAAGAGUCCAUCGAGCCCUCUGUCGUUGUAUCGGGAGCCGAGCUUUGGGCAUGGAAGGUUAAGGAUCCUGAACGGGACGCAUGCGCAUUGGUCAUGGCACCGCAACAACGACACUGAUGCGUUUGAAGCUGACAGUGUUUGGAUAAGUAGCUUAAGCAGCUCCAAAGCAUGUCGGAACCCCGCUCGUGAUGAACUCUGAUUAAUACAAGUGACACACUCACUCGUCCAUUUAAAAUGAUGACAAGCGCAAACGAGGAAGACGAUAAGGUGACAUCCACACUCAUACUUGAAAAUACAAUCACUCCUGAUCCGCACCGAAUUGGCGUUAGACAGAUCAACUCUAAAUGCUUCACAAUUCAACCACCCACUUGCUGGACCCGACAUCUCAAUUCCAAUCAAAACAAGAAAAGGCAAUUUUUCUUUCUCUCACAAAGCAAAGCCAUAAAUUCUCCCUCGACUCUUUCAACCCUCCUAGUUUCUUUAGAAGACGGGAACUUAAAAUCUCGUCUCAAGAAAUUAUUAAUCCUCCUAUCCAGCUUCCAAUGAUCAUGACAGAAGUUCGCUGUGGACGGUGCUGAUCAUUUUGUUCGCAUAUCUUAUCCUAGAUCGCCCUGGCCCCCGACAUCCUACGGUGCGCAUUAAAUCCUUUCGAGUUUCUCAACUUUGAUCAAAGGAUUUGCCAGAGUGAUUUCCUCUCGACCCACCCUCUUGAAAUCGAAGCCACACCCCUGCUUCUCCAAAUUCCUGUGGGUCCCACAAAAAGUGACACCACACUUGCACUUGAAGCCGAUCAACCUGACUCGAUUCCGGCAUGUAGCACAUCGGUUCGGUUGCGCGGCCGCCACUUCUGGCCUGAAGGAUGCAAUGGCUGAGCUCAACACAUCGGCUGAAACUUUCAGCAAUUUCAACGUUGGUGUAGGAGCGGGGGAGACUACGGCCGAUAACGGAGAUGAGCCAGGGGACAGCAGAGAAGCAGUGAAGGAAAGGGUUGUUUUGAUGGUGGAUUUGGUAGACGCUUCCUGUUACUCCUUCAAAUGGAAAUUCCUGUAGCACUUGGAACAAAGAUUCAUAGUGGCCGAGCUGUCAAAAAAGCCACAGUUGUUAGCACAGAAUUGGUGGCCUUCGGGAGCCUGGCAUCGGUGCUCUUCCACCAGAUUGUUCUCUUUUUGCAAAAUGUAUCUAAACUUCUCUAUUCCAUUUUAGCAUUGUAACGAUUUCGAUGAACACCAAGCUGCCUAUGUUUUCAUGUGAGUUUGCUAUCAAUAUUGUCCACCAAGUUCUUGUAA